UCCGGCGGAAGUAAACAAAACAAGCACAUGUAGCCGCUUUAGCUGCAUGCACGUAGUAAGAGUAAACAGCUCAAAGACUAUAUUGAAUUUGUAACGCAGAAAAUUAUUUCACGUGUAGUACACCAACAAUGUCUUCCGUUCAGCAUUUAAAACAGUUUGUCAACGAGCGACUAACCGCUGCUGCUGAAGAAAUAUUCGGAGUUUUUGAAAAAUCUAUCGUCGAGUACGAGGAAGAGAUCGGUCGUCAGCGCAGACUGUUGGAUCUCGUUUGUAAACCUGAAAUAACCUUACUCAGGAUAGAGCUCCCACAGCCACGUGUCUGUAAGGAGGAGGAGGAGGUUCUCGCUGACCAGCAGCAGCUCUGUAUUCAGGAGAGGAACUCCAGUCUGGACCAAGAGGAGCCAGAGCCCCCACAGAUUAAAGAGGAACAGGAGGAACUCUGCGUCAGUCAUGAGGGAGAGCAGCUUGUACUGAAGCAGGAGACCGAUGCCUUUACGUUGACUCCUGCUUAUGAGGAACGUGACCACAGUGAAGGUCAGACUCUGAACUUCAGUAUCAACGAGCCUCCGGUUGCAGUGGAGGAAAAUCCUCUAAACUGUAUUUGGGUUAAAAGCUCUGUGGUAUCAGAAGCAAACAGUGACCACCAGCUCCUCGCUCACAACUCUCGUGAAGCUGAGAGCCAAGAUCAGAGAGGAGGAGAAGACUCAGGAUCAACUAGACUUGCAGAGCUAGAACCAAACAAGAGAGGUCACUGUAACAAUGUGAACAACCCUAACCUCUCAGAGAUUCACGGUGAUGCUCACGCAAAGAGUGAGUUACAGAGAGUGAGUAUGGAUAGCGAUGUGUGUAUGGACGGUGAUGAGCCAGCCUCAAGUCAGACUUCAACCCGCAAACCAAAAGUUGGCAAAACAGGACACAAAUGUCCAAUUUGUGGGCUGGAGUACGCUGACUUGAUGCAGCACCUUAAACUAGGUGAACAGGUGUGCAACAAAACUGAAUUGGACCUUCUGUGUAAGCUGGCACACAGACAUUUCUCGGCCAGCUUGGAUUGCCCGGUCCGACUCUGCGACUCCAGGAACAUCAACAGGCUGGACAAGCACCUGCAGAAAGUGCACAAGCUGGGGAAUGAUAUGGUGACCUUGUAUGUCCAAAAGGCAAAGGACUGCUACAUUGUGAGAGAAUUGGCUUUGCUGAGGGCGUCCAGACCCCACCCGCCUAUGGUAUCCCAUCUUGAUGAGAUCGAUGAAGCUGCUAUAGAAGAGGGGAUCAGGAGGAAGUUCGAGGACCCUUCCUCAGUCCCACCUGCCAGUGAGGUCAUGUCCCCAUCCUCCGCCGAGCCGUUUGCCACUCCUUCCGCCAGUGUGACACCCUUUAACAAACCUGCCAGCGGUUCACAGAGAAAGAAGUUGUUUAGAAAGAACAAGCCGGUUCUGAGGACUCCAUCCCCCCGCUGCAAGAACUGCGGGAUCCUUGCUGCUGAGCUGAAGGUGGUUAAAGAGCUGCUGGAAUCCGAAGUAGAACGGAAUGAUGAACUUAAACAGUUUCACUCAUCAACCAGUCGAGAAAAGGCAGUGAAGUACAGGAGGCGCAGGCCCUUUUCACCAUCGAAAGCGCCGCAAUAUGUUAAACUGGUGGAGGAGUUCAAGGAGCACACAGAAGGAAGCAAUCCCACGCGGAAAAUAAAGGAGAAUGCCCGCCAGCGAGCUAACCACGUCCUUAACUUCCUGAAGUUCAUGUCCGAGCCCGCUGUUCCACAUUUGAACCUUCUCUUUCUGAAGGACUAUGGUCGGAUUAGGAAAUUUACAGCCCAUCUGUCUGAGCAAAACUUGAAACCGACGACAAUAAGAAGCUACCUGACAGAUGCCGUCGCCUUUGUGAGGUACAUUCUGAGUAUGGCGCCAGAAGGGGUGAAAAUAGGCGGAAAAAGCCUAAAUGCGCUGCUUGUGGAACUCCGAGCGCGGGUGAGGGACGUAUUGAGAGCUGUGCUAGGGCAACAACUGGCCCAGCGCCGCAGAAAGUUGAGUGGAACAGCACAAAACGGCUCGCUUCUUUGGCCAGGCGGCCGUACCGCUGCCAAAAAAGGAGUACGCCUGGUUCCUCAGAUACAACUGUCUCCGGUCUUGCAUAGAGGGAGGCCUAGAGGCAGAAACCUUCUUUCACACUGCCAGUGGCUCGGAGUGCCUCAAGCUCCCCGAGUACUUUAAAGAGGCGUGGGAGUCGCUGGAGUUGGGAAAGGCCCCGAGCUUCAACCUCCUCCGUUCCUCUGUGGCUACUUAUUCAAAGAGGCAACUGGGCUCGAAGGCGUACAAACGGGUGGCGGCCUUCAUGUGUCACGAUGAGCACACGGCGAAGAAGUUUUAUCAUGUGGAAGACCCGGCGGCUGAGGUGUUUAAAAGCCGACAUUUAUCCGUGAUGGCGAUCACCAGUUAUGCUGUCAAGAACCGUAAAAAAGAAGCAGAUACCCAGGACCACAGAGCCACGGAGGAGGUCGAGGACCGGGACAGUGUGGAGGACCAGGACCAUGAGGAGGAAGAGGACCCGGAGGAGGAGGAGGACCAGGACCAGGAGGGGAAGACUGGGACAUGGGGGACAUGGAGGACCAGGACAUUGGGGAGGAGGAGGAGGAGGAGGACGAUGAAGAAGAAGUAGUAGAGGAACGGGACACAGAGGAUGAGGUAGAGGACCAGGAAAAGGAGGAGGAAGAAGAGCGGGACACAGAGGAGGGUGGUGCAGAUGAAUGCCCAGACAAUGAGCCUAAAAUGACUAGGCCAAGUUGUCCGAUAAGAAAGCGGCCCUCUAGGUCUGAAGCAGAACAGAAGAGAGACUCCUCCAAACCUCCUCUCCCUAAAAGGCCCAAAAGGGAUGGAAAGUGCCUUUUCAAAACAAAUAGGGAAGUGUCGUCUGAAGCGGAAGAAGAGGGGCUUCUUCAAAUGAAGAGAGAACGAGACGAGUCAAUGUUGGGGAGCAUUGAGAGGACCAACGAAGUCCACUCGUAGUCCCUGACACCCUGGUUUCUCUGAGUCCUGUUGAAGUCAAAACACCGAUUGGUCCCACUGGUAGAAGCUGGGUCUUUUCCCAUUGCAGUACAUAUGAUGUUGGUACCCAGCGGCCUCCUGACCUUUGCAAACUAAUUUAACUCUCUGCUGCAUAAUUUUGAUCUUAGGCUCCUCAUCUAAUAAAAAUAAUUCUUUUUUUUUUCCCCUGUA